AUGUCUGAUUCUUGUUCCAUCGGCUCCAAUCUCCAUUCUGAGAAUGAAGCUUCCAGCGAAGAAACUUCAUCCCGAAACUUGAUUGGACCAACUUUUCAAUCCGAUUUGGCAGUCCCCUCCACUGGUAUUGGACCUUGCCUUCCUAAACACUUUGCCUGCACCUCUCCGGCCGAAAAUAUUCUUCAUGUAUCCAACGCGGAUGAAGCCGAUCCGAGCACUUUUAUUGGUCCCCUAGGACCGGGUCAUGAAUUGCGGGAGGAGAUUCGGCACUGGAAGGAAGUAGACAACUCGGUAGUUCAUUUUUAA